AAUGGCGGGAACCAAUGGCGUGCAAGGAUAUUAAUGAUAAUUUCAGCCAAACAGAAUUCGCGUGCUGGAAAAUGCAGGAAGACAGGUGCUAUAGGAACGAUGCUACUUGCGGUAUCCAAACGCUGUCGUUUUCUCCUGUUAUUGGUUUUGACAGUGGGUGUGAAGUGAUUUAAUAUUAAUUUGGUGUGUUAUUAAUAGAGGGGGACAGUUGUUCACGAGUGUCAUUAAAUGGUGACUCGUUUUUCGUGCGAUUUUACGGUUUUAGGAUAGUGAUAGGAACGUCGUAUUUUAAAAGGAAUAACUAUCAGCUGACUAGUGUAAUGCCUUUUAAUAACGCAUGGUGAUUUGCUCAUCAGUCUCGUAUGUUGUUUGUGGGUAUUUGUUUGUUGGAGUGUUCUCUGUAAACAUUACAGCAAAUACCGGUAGUUGAGAAGAGGAAAAGCUGGUAUCGAUUUGGGAGCCUUGGACCGAGGAAAGCACUGCUGCCAUGCUUUCCGGUGGGGAAGAGAAUGGUGGCUAGGAAACGAAGUAAAGGACUUGGUGAAAACUACGUACAGCAAUACGCAUUCCCACCAUGUUUUUAAUUUUGGCAGUAUCUUCGUGUUUGUACGCGUCGGUAAAAGUGUCAUCAGCUUCCAUAGGAGAUUAUUAAUUGCAGCGAAACCGUGUAAAAUAUGGCAAUGGAAAGGCCAAAACUGGCCAUUCCAGGGCCAGAGUUGCAUUCUGUGAGACGAGAAACAAUAUCAAUGCUUGGAAAGACAUAUGGCUGUGGACAAUGCAGUGCUCCUCCCCCUGGACCUCCUGGAGGUCCACCAGGACCUGUUGGCCCCCCAGGAGCUGUUGCUGUUCCACCUGGUGCCAUGGGUCUUGUGCCUCCCCAGCAACCACACCAACCUCCACAGCCUCCCGAAUUGCCAAUGUUUAAUUGUCCAAGAAGACCCAACUUGGGCCGGGAAGGUCGACCAAUAGUUCUUCGCGCAAACCACUUCCAAAUAUCUAUGCCUCGAGGCUUUGUUCAUCAUUAUGAUAUCAACAUUCAGCCAGACAAAUGUCCUCGCAAAGUCAACAGGGAGAUUAUUGAAACAAUGGUCCAUGCAUAUAGCAAAAUUUUUGGAACUCUGAAACCUGUGUUUGAUGGACGAAAUAAUCUUUAUACGAGGGAUCCACUACCUAUAGGAAAUGACAGAGUUGAAUUGGAGGUGACAUUACCUGGCGAAGGUAAAGAUCGUGUGUUUCGAGUUACAAUAAAGUGGGUGGCCCAAGUAUCAUUGUUUGCCUUAGAAGAAGCACUUGAGGGACGUACAAGGCAAAUUCCAUACGAUGCCAUUCUGGCUUUGGAUGUUGUUAUGCGUCACUUACCUUCAAUGACGUAUACUCCUGUAGGAAGGUCAUUCUUCUCUUCACCAGAUGGCUACUAUCAUCCACUAGGUGGAGGGAGGGAGGUGUGGUUUGGUUUCCAUCAAUCUGUGAGACCUUCCCAGUGGAAAAUGAUGCUGAACAUUGAUGUUUCUGCAACGGCAUUCUACAAGGCACAACCUGUGAUUGAGUUCAUGUGCGAAGUAUUGGACAUACGGGACAUAAAUGAGCAGCGUAAACCUCUCACAGAUUCCCAGAGGGUUAAGUUCACCAAAGAGAUCAAGGGGCUCAAGAUUGAAAUCACACACUGUGGCUCCAUGAGGCGGAAGUACAGAGUGUGUAAUGUGACAAGACGACCAGCACAGAUGCAAUCUUUUCCACUUCAACUAGAAAAUGGGCAGACGGUGGAAUGUACAGUAGCAAAGUAUUUCCUGGAUAAGUACAAGAUGAAGCUACGAUAUCCGCACCUGCCAUGUCUACAGGUGGGGCAAGAACAUAAACACACAUAUCUGCCACUUGAGGUAUGCAAUAUAGUGGCAGGUCAGCGCUGUAUUAAGAAACUAACAGACAUGCAGACGUCAACAAUGAUAAAAGCAACAGCCCGUUCAGCGCCAGACCGUGAAAGAGAGAUCAACAACUUGGUCAGGCGGGCUGACUUCAAUAAUGAUGCUUAUGUUCAAGAGUUUGGCCUCACCAUUAGCAACAACAUGAUGGAAGUGCGGGGACGCGUCCUACCCCCACCCAAGCUACAGUAUGGUGGCAGGGUUAGUUCGCUCAGCGGACAGACGAAGCAGCAGGCUAUGCCAAACCAAGGUGUGUGGGACAUGAGGGGGAAACAGUUCUUCACAGGGGUAGAAAUCCGAGUAUGGGCCAUUGCGUGUUUUGCGCCUCAGAGGACUGUUAGAGAAGAUGCACUUCGGAACUUCACUCAGCAGCUACAAAAGAUUAGUAAUGAUGCUAACAUGCCCAUUUUGAAUGCCACGUGUGUCUGCAAAUAUGCUACGGGUCCUGACCAAGUGGAGCCAAUGUUUCGCUACCUCAAGUCUUCAUUUACAGCCCUCCAGCUAGUAGUAGUAGUUCUGCCAGGGAAGACACCAGUGUAUGCUGAGGUGAAGAGGGUGGGAGACACUGUUCUUGGUAUGGCCACACAAUGUGUCCAGGCAAAGAAUGUAAACAAAACAUCACCCCAGACCUUGUCAAAUCUUUGUCUGAAGAUAAAUGUUAAACUUGGAGGAAUCAACAGUAUCUUGGUGCCAAGUAUCAGACCCAAGGUGUUCAAUGAGCCUGUGAUAUUCUUGGGAGCCGAUGUUACACAUCCUCCUGCUGGUGACAACAAGAAGCCUUCAAUAGCAGCAGUAGUAGGCUCAAUGGAUGCCCAUCCGUCACGUUACGCAGCUACUGUAAGGGUCCAGCAACACCGACAAGAGAUUAUACAGGAGCUCAGUAGUAUGGUCAGAGAACUGCUGAUAAUGUUUUAUAAGAGUACAGGGGGCUACAAACCACAUCGGAUUAUUCUAUACAGAGAUGGAGUUUCUGAAGGACAGUUCUUACAUGUUCUUCAACAUGAGCUGACAGCAAUCAGAGAAGCUUGCAUCAAGUUGGAAGGAGACUACAAACCUGGCAUCACAUUCAUUGUAGUGCAAAAGAGGCAUCACACAAGGUUAUUCUGUGCAGACAAAAAGGAGCAAUCAGGUAAAUCUGGCAACAUCCCAGCUGGAACAACAGUUGAUGUGGGAAUUACGCAUCCAACAGAAUUUGACUUCUACUUGUGCAGUCAUCAAGGCAUUCAGGGUACAAGUCGACCUAGUCAUUACCACGUCCUCUGGGAUGACAACCAUUUUGAUUCCGAUGAACUGCAAUGCCUUACAUAUCAACUGUGUCACACGUAUGUGAGGUGCACACGAUCUGUGUCCAUACCUGCACCUGCAUACUAUGCACACUUGGUUGCAUUCAGAGCUCGCUACCAUCUUGUUGAGAAGGAGCAUGACAGUGGAGAGGGUUCACAUCAGUCAGGAUGCAGUGAGGAUCGAACUCCUGGUGCCAUGGCACGUGCCAUUACAGUUCAUGCUGACACAAAGAAGGUUAUGUACUUUGCUUGAUGUGUGAUUGUUGGAAAGUAUCAAGACAUGUCAUCCAUUUGUGUGAUUGUGAAACUGGUAUGCACCAUUAUGACAAGCACCAGAUCAUGUUUUAAAACAGACUUUUUUUAUAUAGUGUGUAAAUUGUUGCAUGGUCCCAAUACAACCAGUCUGCGGAAGAAAACACCAAUGAAAUACAUUCAAGUGGAAUGUUUAAAUUGUACAUAUUUGAAUAUAUCGAAGUGGAAAGUGACUGGAAAAUGUGUUUCAGGUACUGGGUAUGGACUGUGUGAAUUAAGGUGGUGAACUUUGCUACUUGUAUGCUUGAGCAAAUGGAAGUGAAUGAAGCAAUUAAUAUCACAGCGUAGCCUACUGUUAGAAGUAGUGUUUGAAUAUACAAGCCGGGAAUUGAAGAUCAUUGCAUUUAAUCAUGUAGACAUGAAUUAUUUCCCUCCCUAUCAUUUCAACAAGAAGUAGGGAAAUUUUUGUGUUCUUUUUGAAGAAAAUAAUGUUGUGAAAUUGCUUUUCAGACUUGUCAUUUUUAAAAGCAAAGACAAAACAUUAUUUUAAAUUGUGUAUAUAUUUUUAUGAUUGCUUUUGUGUUCAUAAGAAUUUUAUAUUAUGAUAUGAAAGGAGUUUGUCUCGAUCAAAAGUUCAUUGAUGCCAAAUAUGUUUGUUCAUUUUCCUUAGGCCUUCCUUUAUAAUUGUAAUUACUGCCCAGAAUACUGUAUUCUGUGCAAGAAAUCCAUUAUUUUGUGUACCUUACAUAUAAAAUUGCAGUAAGCCAUUCUACAUUUCUGUUCUGUAAUUGUAAGGAUGUUGCACAGCUGUUUCUAUUUUAUUUUACUUAACUGUGGAUAGUGAAUUUGCAGCUAGAUUUCCGUAAAGAUUUUUAUUUAGGAACAAAAAGUAAUUUGUGUUAUAAAUUGCUUGUGACAUCAACAUUGUCUUUCAAUCAAGAUCAUGUGACCAAAUUGUUAAAUAUUGUGCUGUUGUUUAUUUUCUCCACCAGAAUCAAUCUUGCAUAAUAAGGAAGAUUGGUUGAUGUUUCAUGUUAUGAAUUAUGAAUAUAUCAUGAAAUUCAUGACCUUUUACUACCGUUGUUAUUCUGUUAUCAUGUGUCUUUGUGAGUAUAAUUCCGCCCCAGUAAGCUUGGAAACAGGAGACUGUCUUGAUCAGGAAGUGAUGGCAAACUGUUUGUCAGUAGUGCCAUUUCUUCAGUGUCAAACAUACCAUUUUAAAUCAAAUGUGAGAUGCCCAUUGUUCUUGACUAAUGUUAUUAAUUUACUUCAACACAUAAUGUUAAGAAAGUUUUUUAAGUUCGCAGACUUAUCAGAACUUCCAAUCAGACUCUGGAAAUUUUUAAGAUACAGUAUGGAAGAUAAUAUAACAGCAGACUUCUACUGAAAUUGGUUAUGAUGAUUGUAAUCAUCAGGCUGAGAACAUGGCCAGAAGUGUGUGCUUUUGUUGUUAUAGGUUUUAGAAUGAAGUUAAUAGUAUAUUUUUCUUGAGUUACAGAAAGAAAAGAGCUUGGGUUUCAUACCAAGUAGCUAUUAAAGUUGACUUAUUUUGAUGUGGGUUUGCACUUAUGAAUUCCUUUCUGCAAGUGGAAGCUCCUUGCUUUAAAAAAUUACAUUGCUGUAGUGUUUGAAGUUAGGUGCCCUUUUUUUUGCAGAAGUCACUUAAUACAGUGUCUCUCUUCUUUUUCUUUUGCUUCCCCUCCCCUCUUAUGUAUAAGGAGGGUAACUUUAUAGUGUGCCUGUAUUAACUGAGAUUUAUAUGAUCAUACUUAAGAGUGAGUUAUAAUUUUUGUUUAUAGGAGCAGACAGAAGUUUAGAAAUUACAAUUUCCCAGGAUUAUAUUUGUAAAAGGCACAUUUGGCAUUCAGUAACUCUUCCACAGCGUCUGGUUUCUUAUAUGGCAGGCACUUGGUUUUUGUGUUAUGAAGAGGCUAUGACAUAAAAGCUACUGGUAUGAGUUAAAAUAGACUGCAAUGGAAUGAUUGUAUACCAUUAUUUUUGCACUUUGGGGCAAGAUCAUUUUGUCGGCAGGCAGAAGUGUGCUCUUAGGAACAUUGGUAACACUUGGAAGAAUGUGUCAAUUAAAAAUUGUGUCUUUUAAUGAAGGUUUUAAUGCUUUUUGGUUUGCGACAACUCAUAUCCCCUAAAAAUUUUGGGAACAGUAAUCAGUCUUUAAAAAACAAACUUCCAUAUUGUUUUGUUUUCUUACAUAUAAAUAAUUUCACCAAAAAAUAUAUUUCUGCCCUGGAAAAUUUACAUUUAUCUAGGUAUGUUGUCAGUAUAGGAUGAACUUGAAUUGCUGUCCUAAUUUCUGUUUCGUUUAAGAAGCUAAAAUUGAAAAUUUUAAUAUACGUUGUGGCAAUAAAACUGUCAAUAGAAAGUGUUAUAUUAAUCUGAUAUUUUCAAGAUAAAUAGUACAAAAUGAGUGAUAAAACACUUCACAUUUAUUCAGUAGUACAUGUCCGAAAUAUAUACUUUUAAUCACGUAAUUUAAAAGAUAACCAUGAAUUUUACAAGAAGAGUUGUGUGAUACAGUUUGCAGCCUCUGCUUAUAAUGGGUCUGUGCAAUUUGAAGGUGCUUAACACAAGGUUUUAAAUGUAUGAAGUAUCUUAUAUUUGAAUUAUUGAGGUAUGUUUUCUGUGCAGUGUCUUGGGCUGUUGACAGUGAGUAUGUAAUGUUUGUGUGUGCGUGCAUGUAAAUUUUAUGAAUGUUUUCAGCUACUGUGUGUUUUGUACCUAAACUCUAAACCACUUGAUGUAUAAAAUUUGUGGGGAGCAGAGUGCACAUUUUGAGAAGUUUGCUAUCACUGUGUUUACUUUUUAAGUAUGUUGUAUUGGAAUAUUUUUGUUGUGUGGUAGCCAGAGGAAAUUCUUCAAAUUGGCUUUAGUCCAUUACAACAAAAUAUGGCCAUAAAGUCAAAGAAGUGACUGUUCUCAUGUGAAGGUGUAUUAAUGCAUACAAAUUACAGGAAUUAUCGUGUUAACAUUAUAAAUUUUGUAGAUAUUUUUUCAGUUACAUAAUUACACAAAGACUGUAAGGUUAGAAGACCUUACAGGUGUGUAAAGAUAAUGCUAGCUUGAAGAUUCUUUGAUAUAAUGUAUGUAUAUAACCAACUACAUUUUGCUCAUACAACAUUAUUAUAUAGGACAAACAUGUUUCAUUGUUGAUCACCAUCCUCAGUAUCAUUAUGCAAUUGGCCAGAACAUUUUUGUGCUAGAUAAUAAGAAUGCUGUGUGUGCAAGAGGGUUGUAUACGGUAUGUGCAUACAUAUAGAAACCAUGUGGAUUGAAAGGUUACAAGGUAUAAAUUCUGCUAGAUAUGCAAGAUGGUGUCUUGUGGUUUAAUGUGCAUAUUCACUUUUGUUUUUAUUGCAGUUGUGUAUGUGUUGGAUGGCUGUUGACAUUUUCUACUACAUAGUAUUCUGUGUAAAAUUAUUUCACACAGGCUAUUGGAACAAGACUUUAGAUUUGUAGCUAUUUUCACAUUACAGAAAUGUUAUAAAAAUACAAGAUCUACUGCCUGUGAUUAAAGUAGUUUACACAUUGGAUACUCUUGGUAAAUGCCAUGCAGUUGAAAAUGUGUUCAAGAUACUUUGCAGUAAUUAUAGGAGCAGUGCAGUGAAGUUAAAGGAUCUUUAAUGUGUUUUUUAUGGUUGCUAUUUCAUAGAAAACAGUUAGAUUUUGGGUUUCCAGCAGUUCUUUUUCAAAAGCAAACAGUUGCUCAGCUAGUCAAGAAAUUCCCCAUCUUUUAUGGAACAUGGAGAUUCAUUCAUGUGUUUGCAUGAACCAACAUUCUUUAAGUAGUUCAUAUUUAUCUCUGAGAUUUCAGCUGAUUGAAGGCACAGAAAGAUAUUGGAUUUAUAUUGGUGUUUCUGAGUUUAUAAGUGAUGGUGUUAAAUUUUAGAGCAUUUUGUCAUAAAAUAUUGGAGUUUGUGAAAUCCUCUUAUCUGAUCAUUACAUGAACCAUUGUUCUCUAAGCCACAUAAA